AAAAACAAACCCCUAAAACUUGAAUGGAAAAGUCUCUUUCCCUGGGGUUCUUUUUUCAUAAACAGAAUCUAAAACGGUAAUAAGUUAAUUCAUAUAAUAUGCUCUUUGUCUCCAGAUGAUCAAGCUAGCAAUUUUUGCCCUCGCUGUUGUCGUGGCAUCAGCCCACACAGACGCCAACUGGCUCAUCUUUAAAUCCAAGUAUAACAAGGACUACAGUGGAGAAGAAGACAUCAUCCGUCGCUUCGUGUGGCAGUCCAACCUGAAAAAGAUUGAGGAACACAAUGAACUGUAUGCCCAAGGACUCAAGAGCUACUACCUGGGAGAGAACAAAUACGCUGAUAUGACCAACGAUGAGUUCAACAGGGUAAUGAACGGCAUGAACGUACACAAGGAGCCAGGGAAAUACGUGAGUGGCCAGUACAAGGCUUACCUGCCCGCCUCUGUGGACUGGAGGAAAAAAGGAUACGUCACACCUAUUAAAGACCAGGGACAGUGUGGAUCAUGCUGGGCUUUCUCCGUCACUGGCAGUCUCGAGGGUCAACAUUUUAAUACCACCGGAAAACUGGUCAGCCUUUCCGAGUCUAACUUGAUCGACUGUUCACAAAAAUGGGGCAAUGACGGCUGUGAUGGAGGUAUCAAGGAGAACGCAUUCCAAUACGUAAUUGACAACAAAGGUAUUGAUACUGAAAAGAGCUACCCAUACAAGCCAGAAGACCGUGCUUGCAACUUCAAGCGUGCCAAUGUCGGAGCCACAGCGCAGGCCUACCAAAACGUAACAAGCGGUAGUGAGGAUGCCCUACAAAAGGCUGUUGCCGAGGUGGGUCCCAUUAGCGUUAUCAUUGACGGAACCCAUCUCAGCUUCCAGUUUUACAGAGGUGGUGUGUAUGACGAGCCUGCAUGCACAUCUGCAAUAUUGACCCACGCUAUUUUGGUUGUUGGAUACGGCACUCACGGUGGACAAGAUACCUGGAUCGUUAAAAAUAACUAUGGUACUAAGUGGGGCAUUGACGGUUACAUUCUGAUGAGCAGGAAUAAGAACAACCAGUGUGGUAUUGCUACCGCGGCGAGCUAUCCUACCGGCGUCAAUUAA